GAGGAGCCACAGGAAUGCCACUAGUACUUGAACAUCGUCCACAGUGGCGGAAGAAACAACCGAGUCCCAUAGCUGCUCGUUGUCAUGGCUGGUGCAGACCUUGGACCCAUACCCUGUUGUCUUCAAUCAGGGAACUACAACCCUAGCGUUAUCUAGGGCUCCUCUUCAACCCACGAGAAUGUAACCUGGGGCUGCAGAUCCAGCCUGAGCACGUCCAUCUUCGACAGCCUUCAGCAUGCAGCGGGUCCAUUUGCACUCGGUCUUUAACUCUCUUUUCGUUUCAAUCCAAGGCAAUGGUGCUGAGAGGGAAGGUAUAAAUAGACGACACGAUGCCUGCUUCUUGACUUGCAUCAACUCAAUCGACAACCAUUCGACAACCAAUUCGACAACCCUCCGCCCCAGAGACUCCGCGGAAGCCACUCGUUCCUCCUACCACUCCUUCAUACCUUCCUUCAUAAUGGUCCACCUUCGCUCCCAGACAGGCCUCGCCGCCUUGGCUCUGCUCCUCAGUGCCGUUCAAUUCGUGUCUCCCGUUGGGGCUAGUCCCGUGUCCCUGCAGGCCAGAGUACCCGACGAUGGUGGGAGCACUUCUGCAGGUGGGGGCACUAUUGCACAUGUGACUCUCGAGACCGGAGGCGGCUGCUCCAGCAACAAGCGAGGAACUGAUGGUGGUUGCGAUGAUGACAAGGACAAGGGCAGCGGCAGCAGCAGUGGCUCCAACGGAGGCUCCAACGGCGGAGGCUCCAACGGCGGUGGCUCCAACAACGGCGGUAGCUCCAACAACGGCGGUAGCUCCAACAACGGCGGUUCAAAUGGCAGCGGCUCGAACGGUAGUGGCUCCAACGGCAGCGGCUCGAACGGUAGUGGCUCCAACGGCAGCGGCUCGAACGGUGGCAGCAGCGGCAGCGGCCAGCCAGGCUCAACCAGCGUGUAUGUGACCGACACCAACACGAACAGCGAAGGCAGCAACAACAACGACAGCCGCGACAACAACGACAGCGUGCUCUCGGACGUGGGGACCCUGCUCGGGCACAUCGUCUAAAGUGUCUCUAACAUACAGGCAAACGGGACACAGCACGGAUGCCACAGAGUCAGACGAAUGAUUCCUCUGGAUGUGACGUAGGCGUUUUUGUCUUUGCGAGUCGUUGUUUCUUAUAUACCUACCUACCUAGCUAGCUACUGGAUUGCGUUAUGUACCUCCGAACCAAUACCGAAUAAUAAUGAUACUGC